UACCCGCCAUCCACACCAACUCCCACGCCUCUAUCUGCACCUCUUUCGGGCAUAGGGUGCUUCGUCAUACGUCUACCUGUCUUUACCCCCCAGUUUCGCGAACCGUGCGCAACCGUGUUUCCCAACUAUUCCAGCAGAGCUCCAUCGGCGGCGGCAAUGGAGGCUGCAUCUGCACGCAUGGCCGCCCGCGACCGCUAUGGCGCGUUUGGCGAAGCCCCCUCUUCGCCGCUGCAGCGCUUCAUCUUGCAGGCGUGCGACCCUCAGAACUUCGAGCCAAAUCUCGCGCUGAAUCUCGAAAUCACCGACCUGAUCAACCAAAAGAAAGGCUCUGCACCCCGCGAAGCAGCCGUGUCGAUAGUACACUAUGUCAACCACCGCAAUCAGAACGUGGCCUUGCUUGCGCUCAGCCUCCUCGAUAUUUGCGUCAAGAACUGCGGCUAUCCGUUCCACCUCCAAAUCAGUACCAAGGAGUUCCUCAACGAGCUCGUUCGUCGCUUCCCCGAGCGCCCACCGGUGCACUCCUCGCGCGUACAGAACCGAAUCCUCGAAUUGAUCGAAGAGUGGCGGCAGACAAUAUGUCAGACUUCGCGGUACAAGGAUGACUUGGGUUUCGUCAGGGACAUGCACAGACUUUUGAGCUACAAAGGAUACAUGUUUCCGGAAGUACGCAAGGAGGAUGCUGCUGUGUUGAAUCCCAGUGAUAACCUUCGAUCCGCAGACGAAAUGGAAGCAGAAGAACGAGAAGCGCAAUCUGCUAAGCUCCAAGAGCUAAUUCGCCGUGGAGGACCCCAAGACUUGCAAGAAGCCAAUAAGCUUAUGAAAGUAAUGGCUGGCUACGACCAAAGGAAUAAGACAGAUUGGCGAGCAAAGGCCGCAGAGGAAGUCGGUAAGAUUCAACAGAAAGCCAGAAUUCUCGAAGAGAUGUUGCAGGGAUACAAGCCUGGAGACCAGCUCAAAGAGGGGGACGUCUUUGAAGAGCUUGCCAGUGCUCUGCAGAACGCGCAGCCGAAGAUCCACAAGAUGUGUGAAGAAGAUUCGGAAGACACAGAAGCCGUCGCCAAGCUGUUCGAAAUCAACGACAGCAUACAUCGCACUAUACAAAGAUACAAGUUAAUCAAGGACGGGGAUAUCGAGGGCGCAAACAAGAUCCCACAGGGCACACUAGGACGAAGUGGCGCUGGAGUCUCGAAGGGUGCGAACAACCAAUUGAACCUCAUCGAUUUUGGUGAUCCAGAGCCUGCAUCAGCUCCUGCAGCGGCAGAAUCCUCGGGUGCUGCUCCAGCACAGCCCGCUGGCAAGGGCAAUGCUCUGGAGGACGAUUUGUUAGGGUUGUCCCUGGCCGGUGACAGCUAUGGCCAGUCAGGCAGCAUCUCGCUCGGUGCUUCGAACGGAUCGGUGCUUGGUCUUUCAGGAGUUCCCGUUCCACAGCAGCAAAAGGCAUCUAACCAGGCCAUCACCGAUCUUUUCUCAUCAGGAUCACGGUCAACACCGCCUCCGCAACAAAUCUCCUCACCAACGCCUUCUGCUACAUUCUCGUCUAGCUCCAUUCAGCCCUCGCGAACGCCAGAUCCAUUCGCGGCUCUCACAUCGACGCCUCGCCAGGGCUCACCAUUCCAGUAUCAACAGUCAAUCAAGCCACCAGCGCCAGCAUCUGCCGCUGUUGACCUCUUAGGGGGUGAUAUCCUUGGACCGACGUCCAAUCUGGCUCAAAGCAGUACAAGCGCAGCUAAUGAUGACGAUGAGUGGACCUUUGCUUCUUCGGUGCCAGACAGCUCGAAGGAAAUUACUGUCGUCAAUUCGAGCAUCAACGUGCUCUUCAGCAUUUCGCGCGAGACUGAUACAACCCUCUACAUCAACUCUCGAGUAUCGAACAACACACCUCUACCGAUCUCUGGUCUGACACUUCAGGUUGCAGCAUCAAAGGGAGCGCAACUGCAACUCGAGCCUCAGUCCGGUGUUACACUGGCACCUAACCAGAAAAACGGGAUCACACAGAACAUACGGGUGAACAAUGUACAAAGAGGGAACGGGAGCAGCGUGAAGAUGCGGUGGAAGGCAUCUUACUCCCUUGGCGGGCAGCAGAAGAGUGAACAGGGCGAGAUUGCCAGCUUGGGCGUCUCAUAGGAGGCUCGGCACAACCGUCGGAAAAGACAGAUACCAUUUUUAUGCCUGUAGUAUAAAAAGAACCGCCGAUUGAGCGCUUCUCCCUGCCUACAUUUUAUCUGUACACGAUGUGCAAUUUGAGGCAUGUCAUGGGUCCCUGGCUCCUUACAUGGGUGGGGAAUCUAGUCAGCAAACUAACAAAUUCCCUUGUCCGUGCCGGAUUCACGGAUUAGUUUAAUAAAAUUCCCCGUCCAUGGCUCAGCCUCACUAGCGUCAUCGAUAAUU